AUGCUAAAGUUUUCGAAAUAUGCUUGCAACAAGAUUGGUAAUAUUGUUAAUAUUGGUAGUAAUACAAAAGGGAAACAAAUAAUUAAUAUAUAUAUUCAUAAUAUUAUUUUAGGCUACUAUUUAAUACAAAAUAAUUAUUACACAAAAUGGAAAUAUGCUAUAGUUCAUUUCAAAAAUUUUAAUCUCCUUAAAGAUUAUAUUAAUGAAAGGAAUGGGCCCAAUACCUUUACAAAUCAGAUAGAGCAUCAAAAAGGAAAACAUACUACUAAUAAACAAAACAUUUUUUAUAACAAUGAAACUAGAACAUAUAAUAUUAUGCUUAAUCCUGCUAUAUAUUCACAAUUAAAAAAUAUUUUGCGUAUAAUCCAUAAAACAAAUACUUUAAUUUUACAAACCAUUUUGACAAAACAUAAAAAUCUAAUACCAUUACAAUCUCAUCAAAUAAUUAAAAGUAAUAUAUCCAUACAUAAAAAUGAAUAUCUAUUUUAUAUACAAGUACCAAAUAAAUAUAUAAAUAUUAUUUUACCUGACAUACAACUACAAUUUAAGAAAGAAAAUACAUCAGAACUAUUUAAACAAGUUGCCAAUCUAGACAUAUAUGCUUUGAUAUCAUUUUUGAACAUUCACAUAAAUGCUAUGAAAAAUGUCAGAAAUACACUAACCAAUUAUGACAGCAAUGAUGGGGGGGAGGCCUAUGAACUCAUUUCUACUUCCUUCUCUGAUGAGAUGAUCAAUUUUAUUUUAAAUAAUUUGUGUGUGCAAAUAGAUAAGUUUUUCUCUAACUUUAAAACAAAAGAAAUAAACACAACAAUAAAUAAAUUAGAUUUUCAUAAAAUAUAUUUAGACUUAUUAGAUAUACUAACCAUUUUAAUAAUAGAAAUAAAUAAAUAUAUAAAAUUUAUUGAUUUUAUUUUAAAUACAUUACUAAAAUCUUUUUAUAAAUAUAAACAUCAUUAUAAUUAUACAUAUUCUGUUAAUUUGCUAAAUACAAUAAAUCAAAUUCUCCCAUUCCAUAUUCAUUCAUUAUAUUUGCCUAACACACAUGAAGAAAACAUUUCAAAUGAUUUUGUAAAAAAAAUUGAAAAUAAUUAUUUUUAUAUACAAAAAGAAAAUUUUACUUGGAAUCAUAUUAACAAACAUUAUGCAGAAAUAAGUUCUACUAAUCUAGAUACUGAAAUAGAGAAUGAAAAAAAAAUUAUGUUACAUUCUCUAAAUACAGAAUGUUUGACUAAUACAUUUAUUCCUUUAAAUAAAGAUAUUGAAAAUAAUAAAUUCUGGGCACAAUAUUGUAUAAUACUAGUAACUAUUAUUGUUAAGAAAAUAAAAUAUGUAACUCAUAGAAAUGUUUUAAUUGAUGAACAAUAUGUGUUAGAAGCAAUAAAUACACUACUACAUAUACAAAAUAAAAAGGUUCUCAACUUAGAUAGUCUCAUAGAUUCAAAAGCACCAUUUUUGAAAGAUCUACAUAUUGAUAAACUGGAAAAUUCAAAAGAAACUGAAAUUGAUAUACAUAAUAAAUAUGAAUGUUCAGAAAAAAAAAAUAACUUUUUACUUUUUCUCAACUUUUCUUUUAAUAUGCUAAAAAAUUUAAAGUACAAUAAUACGUCCUUAAAAGAUUUAGCGUCUAAAAAUAAAGAUGGGGUAAAACCUUUUUUGAAAAUUAUCGCAUUAAUAAGCAAUAUUAAAUAUUUAUUAACAAGCAAUAUAAAAAAAUGUGCAUCCAAAAGCUCGAUAGAAAAUGUAAUAACUCCAAAUGAUCAUUUUAUAAAAAGACAAAAUGAAAAUGUGAAAAAUACAAAAAUUAUUAAUAUGAUUAAAAAAAAUAUAAACCUAUUUUCUAACGAAAUCGUAUUAGCACUUUCAAAUUAUUAUACAAUGUCAAAAUCUGGUAGUAAUAAUUUUUUAUCCUGCACAAGUCAGAAAAAUAUUGCUAUGUACAUGUCAUACAUAUUUAAUGAUGCAUAUUUUCAGAAUAAUUGCCAAAUAAAAAAUAUAUUUCUUAAUCAUUUUUUAAAACAUUAUAAUAUUUUAAAUUCAAAUUUGGAAACAUAUAAUAAAAAAUAUAUUUAUCUACAAUAUAUAACUAUUUAUAAUUUUAUAAAACUUUUUCAUAAUGAUAUUAAUAAUGCCUCACCAGAUUUAUACAAUACAAUAUUAAAUAUAUUUAUGGAAUAUUUCAAUAAUAAUACAUGCUAUAAUCUUAAGAAUGACAAAAAUUCAAACGACAUUUCCUACACAAACGAACAAAAUAAUUAUUAUUUACACCUUUUGAAUAAGUUAUGUUAUUUUUACUUUUUAUCAAAAAAAUAUAUUACAAAUUUAGAAUUUCUAAAUCAUAUAAAUCAUAACUUUUAUUUAACAUUUUAUUUAAUUAACCAAUAUAUUGAAAAAAAUAUAAACACACAAGAAUAUUUUACUAAUUUUAUUAACAAGUGUGCAAAUAAACUCAUAAUUAUAUUAACUGUUCAUAAAUUUUUUAAUAUUUAUUCAGACGAUUUAAAUGGCUGUAUUUCAAAUUUUAUUCAAUUAACUCAUGAAUAUAUUACUAAAGAAAACAAAGAAAAGUUUAUUUUAUAUAUUAUUCCCUUUUUAAAAUUUCCAAAAUCGUCCACUGACAAUUUGAAGCGUCUCCUAACCGAUGCUGAUACAAAUUUUGUUGAGGGAGUAAAUAUACAAAAAGACACACCUGAAAAAAGCCAACUAACUUUUCAAAAUUAUAAUUUAACCAAUUCUAAUCAGGGGAAUAUCUCAUGUAUGGAAUAUGAAAAAAAUAAAAGUAACUUAUUUAAAGAUGACCAAAGAGUGGAUAAUAAUACUGAAAAUGAUAAUAUGCAUAAUGACGAUCUCUUUACAAAUAAACAAAAUGGCUUAAGCAACAUUUUUUUUAAUUAUUUUAAAGAACAUAAUUAUGCAAAUCAAAAUGUAUAUCCAGUUUCACAUAUUGAAAAGGAUUUAAUAGAACUACUAGACAAUUUAGAAAAAAAUAAAAAUUUUCAAAUCAACAAUAAUACUUUAUGUCAAAUAUUAAAUGACUAUGUAAAGGAAAAUAAAUUAAUUAAAAAAGAAAAUGCCAUACUAAAAAACAAAUUAAAUUUUAUUGUUCUCAACUUUGAACAAUUUAUAUCAUCAUAUAUAAAUAGUAUAAGUGACAAUAGUAAUACUACAUCAAUACCUACCAAUAAUUCGACUACUUUUGAUUGUAAAGAAAAUGUUAAUACAAUAAACACAUUAAUUAUGAACAAGUCAGGUAAAACAAUAGAAAAAGAUAUGAAUAAGACAGGAGAAAAGGAUAUAAUUCAAGAGGAAACAAAUUAUUAUAAAUUUGAUAGGGACAACAUAAAUAAAAUAAAAAAUGUGUCUACAACUUUACAAAUACAAUUUGAUUAUCAUUAUGUUAAUGCUAAAAAUGAAUAUUUUCAUGAAUUAAAAAAAUAUGAAUGCAAAAAUUAUAUUAAAGUAAAUAAUAUACUUUUAAAUAUGUACAUGUAUAAUCCUUAUAUUUCAGCCAAAAACAAUAAAAAAAAAUUAAUAAUCCUACCAUAUGAUACUUAUAAAAAUAUAAAAAAACUUGUUUGUGAGGAAAAUGAAGGACCAAACGUAUUUAAACGUUUUCAUAAUUCAGUUUACUUUUUUUUUGAUAAGUUAAUGAUUUUUUUUUGUAAAACACGUAAUUAA